AUGGCAUCUAAAAAGCUAGACCCUCAUGCCAGUCUCCUUACUAACCCUGAACUGCUGAGCAAAAUCGAUCAGCUCCGAGAGAAUAAUGUCGGUCAGCACGUGCCGCUCCCCCAGCUCGUCGUCGUGGGCGACCAGUCAUCUGGCAAAUCAUCCCUGCUGGAGAGCCUCACAGGCAUCCCCUUUCCGCGCAAUCUAGAGCUGUGCACCCGAUAUGCGACCCAGAUCACUUCACGCCGUGACCGCGAUGCCAAGGUCGAUGUCUCCAUUAUCCCAGGGCCGAACGCAUCCGACCAACACAAGGGACAGUUGAGAAAAUACCACCCGCCAGGAAUGUCUCCGGACGAGUUUCGUGCAAAGUUCCCACAGAUACUAGAAGAGGUCAACAAAAUAAUGGGCAUUCGCAUGAACACUUCAGACACUGGAGGCAGUGUGUUUAGCGAAGACGUGUUGAAAAUCGAAAUCUCAGGUCCCACUGAAGACUAUCUAACGCUGAUCGAUGUUCCGGGGAUCUUCCGUACGCCAACAGAAGGUCUUACAACCAAGCAGGACGUUGCACUCGUGAGACGCAUGGUACAAGGAUACAUGAAGGAUAGCCGAACUGUCAUUCUUGCCGUUUUGCCUAGCAAUGUCGACCCGGCCACCCAGGAAAUCCUCACGAUGGCUGAAGAGUAUGACAAGCAGGGCGAGCGAACCCUAGGAGUUUUCACAAAGCCUGACCUGGUGACAGAGAACAGCGCCAAACUUGCGGCCUGCAACGUUGUGCUAGGCAAGAAGAGACCGCUAGCACUUGGUUACUACGUCGUUCGAAAUCGCGGCCCUGACGAGAAUGACGAAUUCGACAAAGGCUCUGCUGAGGGCAUGUUCUCAGAGAAUCCGUGGAAUAGCCUACCGAAAGAUCGCGUCGGCAUCCGUGCCUUGAGAACGUGUCUGGGUCAGCUGUUGGGCCACAUCGCCCAGCGGGAACUUCCUGCAAUGCGAAAAGAUAUCCGGAUGCAGCUGGCUCAAUGCUCGCAAGAGCUGAACUCGCUCGGCGCCCCGCGACAGAGUGAGAACGAGCAACGUGCAUAUUUGUUCUCGUUGAGCCGUCAGUUUCACGAUCUGGUUCAAAAUGCGUUGGAAACCCAGUACAACAGACACGCUGUGUUUUCACAGCAGAAAUUCCGUCUCGCAACAAAUGUCGCCAAUCUGACAAAUGCUUUCAACAACGAUUUCGCUACCAAGUCUCAUAUGUAUUACUUCGAAGGCGAGAAACCGAUUCCCAAGAACAAAGUAGUGGGGGAGAAAACCGACGGCCAGAGUGGUGGAAAACUCGGAAAUCCCUCGACAACCACAGCCGCUCAAAAACCGUAUGAUGGGGGUUGGCAUGACGUUGACGGCCAAUCCCUAUUCCUGGAUGGUAUCAUUGGCGAGAAGCCCUGUAUCGAGCUCCCUAAACUGGGCAUCAUCAACUGGAUACAAAAGCUUCAUGUAGAGUCUCGAGGUCUAGGACUGGGUACUUUUGACAACGCUCUUAUUUCAAAUGUAUUCAGAGAGCAGUCUGAAAAGUGGAAUGCUAUGACCAUGGGGUUCCUGAGCGAGACUAUCGUGAUGAUCCACCGAUUCAUCUACGGGGCGCUCUUUGAGCUAUGUGCCAACACCAGAGUCCGCGAAAAUAUUUGGUCUUCUAUUGCCGAUGAGGUGAGAAACAGGUACAAUGCCGCGAUGGAACAUGCUGCGUUCCUAGUUUCGAUCGAGCGAGGCCAAAAUCCAUACACACUGAACCAUUACUUCAAUGAAAAUCUACAAAAGUCAAGAGGGGAUCGGAUUGCUGAAUUGCUCGAGGGCAAUGUUCGAUACGAGACGCCUUACGGGAAAACCGCCAUGGUUGUUGUCAACCUGGAAGACGUUAGAGCUGCAACAAGCAACAAGAGCAACAUGCAGCAGUCCAUUGAAGACGUCCACGAUUCCCUUUGUGCGUUCUACAAGGUUUCAACAAAACGAUUUGUAGAUACUGUUUAUCAACAAGUCGUCCAAGGCCUUCUUUUGACAGGGCCCAAAAGCCCUCUGGCUGUUUUUGAUCAGGAUUGGGUCUUGUCUCUGGGCGCAGGAGAGCUGGAAAUGAUCGCCGGGGAGUUGGUCGCGGUGAAAGAGCAGCGAACAGUUCUGCAGAAGAAAAUGAAGGACCUCGAGGUCGCCAUGCAGAUUCUGAAGAAAUGA